AUUCUAUUUCGCAAUCGUGUCCUACAACUGCCAGUAUAGUGUCCGCCAAACAUCCGUUCGGAACGAACGCGCCGACAGAUCCUUGUAGCAGUUUUCUUUUUGACAUUGUGGUGAAAAAUAACAGCGCUCAAGUAUAGGGAGGAUUGCAUAAAGUGCUAAUCUAGUUCACUGUGUAAAUACAGUUUCGCAGCCCGAAAGCGAUGCCAGUAAAGUGACAGUUUCCGAACGAGCUGCGACGAACAGUGAAUUUUCUUUGUUUUCUCCUUAUGCUAGUAGAGUUGCUACCCCGUGAGUGAUAGGAUUUUUUUGGAGUCGUCAAAAAAGGACCCACCUCUCCAUCGGUAUCGGAGCAUUUCAAAAUGGUGGCAAUCAGCUCAUCACUAGCAAGCAAAAUGGCACCGAACGCAACGGUCGAAGCGACCGGUGUGCUAAACGAAACCGAUGCCGAAACCAUCGACGGAGGCCUAUCGAAGGACAUUACCCCGCUGAAACGGGCGGAGAAGCGUAAGAUCAAACUGGUGUGGCGGAACGUGAUUGCCUUCGGAUACCUCCAUCUGGCUGCCGUGUAUGGACUCUGGUUGUUGUUAACCUCGGCCCGGUAUUACACCGUCGGGUUCGCAUUUAUUCUGUACGUCGUGUCCGGGCUCGGCAUUACGGCUGGUGCCCACCGACUAUGGGCUCACCGAUCGUACAAAGCAAAACUGCCGCUGCGAAUCAUUCUGGCCGUGUUCAACACUAUCGCCUUCCAGGACUGCGCCAUGCACUGGGCCCGUGACCAUCGGGUGCACCACAAAUACUCGGAAACGGAUGCCGAUCCGCACAACGCAACCCGUGGUUUCUUCUUCUCGCACGUCGGUUGGUUGCUGUGCCGCAAGCACCCGGAGGUGAUCGCCAAGGGACGUCAGCUGGACAUUUCCGAUCUGCGGGCCGAUCCGGUGCUGGCGUUCCAGAAGAAAUACUACAUGUUCCUGAUGCCACUGGCUUGCUUUAUCCUACCAACCGUCACGCCGGUCUACUUCUGGAACGAAACCUGGACCAAUGCCUGGUUCGUCGCUACCCUAUUCCGCUGGACCUUCAUUCUGAACGCGACCUGGCUGGUGAACAGUGCCGCCCACAAAUGGGGAGACAAACCGUACGAUAAAACCAUCAACCCGUCGGAGAACAAAACCGUGGCCUCGUUCGCGUUCGGCGAAGGCUGGCACAACUAUCACCACGUGUUCCCGUGGGACUACAAGACGGCCGAACUGGGCAACUAUCGGAUGAAUUUCACGACCGCUUUCAUCGACUUCUUCGCCAAGAUCGGUUGGGCGUACGAGCUGAAGACGGUGUCGCAGGAGAUCAUCGAGAAGCGUGUCAAGCGAACCGGAGACGGAACACACAACACCUGGGGCUGGGGCGAUGUCGAUCAGGACAGGGAGGAGAUCAGCGAUGCCAAAAUCAUCAACCGGAAGGAGGAAUAGAGGUGCGGGACAAAAAGAAACAAAGUGAGAGGUGUUUGACUGCUGGAAUGCGAGAGUUUGGGCGCAAGCGAGCGAGCGAUAGAUAGAGAGAGGGUAUAUAUUUAAACCGGUUAAUUACUCCAGUAGUACAGCAAAGCUUAGGUGAUCUGUUUUUGUCUAAACAUUUUUUUGUACAAGAUAUUUUCCCCCCUACGGGGAAGCGGUCCCCAAAUUUUUGCGGCUAUGCCUGAGAACCGUUAGAAUGGAGCAGGAGGUUUGUGAUAAAAUCAAAUAAGUUGAUUUUUGUUUGCCCGAAUCAAGACCCCGACAUCAGCAAAAAUUAUUCCAAUGUCUGCGACAAACAAUAUAAGCUGUAUCCAAGUGUCUAUUUCAGGAAAAUUAAAAACGAACAAAGUUUGUUACUAGAAGUCUAAUAAAGGAAAUUCAAAAUUUCAACGGAAUUGUUCUUCAAUAUUUCGGUUAGAAUUCAAAAUUCACUGAUAACGAUUGGAAAAACGGCUAUUUUUACUUAGCUUUAGAACAGUUCCUUUUACAUACGCCAAGGCACGAUACAAAAUUAUCAACUCUUAGAUUUAGUUUGUAUAAUUUAUUGUUUAAACUUAUCGGAGGAAACUAGUGUUUCUCAAAUUAUAUUUCUUAAGAAUGAAAAAUACAAGAAUGGUAAUGCUGUGAAUAUGAGAUCAUUAAAUAGAUAGACGCUCAGGAAGUGUCGUUUCUAAGCGGAAAACUUAAAUAGAAAUGGGACCUUUUUUAUUUCCUCUACUGAUCGUGGAACGUCUCCUUGAAGAACGUCCUUCCGUUUGAUGGCAAUGUUACAUUUUAAAACGUGAAAGAAAUUCUCCGAAUAAAUUGAGACUGAUGCGAAUAAAGCGGUCAAAUAAAUUGAUCCUACUACAAAGGAUUAGGCAGUAAAAAAAAUCUUGUGUGCCGAAAGUGUUAAACUAUUUGUUGUGUUUGAUUACUGGAAAAGCAGCCCGAGAAGUUACAAUUUCAAACUUAAUUAUUGGAGUCCAGCGAAACAGUAGAAUUGGUAAUGAAUAACAAAUCAAUCAUCUUCCGAUUAGACCUUGCUGAUCUACCAACGAGAUAAAAAAGAAAAGAAAGAUGUCAUGUGUAACAGAGCCAGCCAUCAAAGGUUAUGUUUUUGUAAGACCAUAAAAGUAAAUAAAGGAAUGCACAGCUCUUAACAAUGAUUGUAGUAGAUUAUAAAAUUUUAUGAGGUAAUCCGUAAAGAGUAAAUAACACAAUGUAACGAACUAACAAACAUAGGGAACAGAAGAACAAAAUACCCUAAAUGUUUCUAGUAAAAACACAAUAUAUGAUAAAAUAAAAGACUAUAAAAUGAGAUGAACAAAACAGUCUAAAAUAAAAUUAAUGUCAAAAUCAAAA